UACACGAGUCAAAGUGAAUUGACUUUAAUAUGGUGAGGCAGAAUCAUGUCUAUGCCCCCCGUUGAUGUGGGUCCACCAUUUAAUUUUUCUGCUCGCAUGAUGGUGGUUGGAGAUGCAGCCGAGCAGAUCCAUGUUUUCCUCCUCUCACGUGUACCGGCAGCGCCUGUCAAGCUGUCUCUAAAGCCGAGAGGAGAGCUUAUUAUGGGAGCUGCUCCUGCUGUCCUAUAUCAGCAGCAGCCAGCAUUUCUCCAGUCAUCUCCAACCAUGGCUCCAAGUGAACGCGGUCUACUCCACCGACAGACCACGAAUCCGAGAGGAAAGUGUUUUUAAGCCGUUAAUAAUGAAACGAGGAAGGACAGGUCUCAAAUCAAGUUGCCAGGCCUUCCCCUCCCAGGAGAGGGCUAAAAGACAGAAGCGGGGGGCGUCCAGCUUUGCAGAGGAUUGGGGUAACCUGCCCCACCACGUCGUCCUGCAGAUCUUCCAGCACCUGUCCCUUGUGGACCGGGCCAGGGCGUCGUCCGUGUGCCGGCGCUGGAAUGACGUGUUUCACACCCCUGACCUGUGGAGGAAGUUCGAGUUCGAGCUCAAUCAGCCAGCCACGUCUUACCUGCGCUCUACUCACCCCGACCUCAUUCAGCAGAUCAUCAAGAAGCACGCCCAGCACCUGCAGUAUGUUAGCUUCAAGGUGGACAGCUGCAUAGAGUCUGCAGAGGCAGCCUGUGACAUUCUCUCCCAGCUGGUGAACUGUACCAUUAAGACCCUGGGGCUGAUUUCCACUGCACGGCCCAGCUUCAUGGAUGUGUCACAGGCCCACUUUGUGUCUGCACUGACAGUGGUGUUUGUCAACUCCAAGUCCCUGUCCUCUAUCAAGAUUGAUGACACCCCAGUGGACGACCCAUCCCUGAAGGUGCUGGUUGCCAACAACAGUGACACCCUUAAGUUGCUGAAGAUGAGCAGCUGUCCUCAUGUCUCCCCAGCAGGUAUCCUGUGUGUGGCAGACCAGUGCCACGGUCUCAGGGAGCUGGCGUUGAACUACCACCUCCUGAGUGAUGAGCUCCUGCUCGCCCUUUCCUCUGAAAAACACGUCCACUUGGAGCACCUGCGCAUUGACGUGGCGAGCGAAAACCCCGGCCAGACACACUUUCACACCAUCAAGAGGAGCAGCUGGGAGGCUUUGGUCCGACACUCACCCAAGGUCAACAUCGUCAUGUACUUCUUCCUCUACGAGGAGGAGUUUGAGCCCUUCUUCCGUGAGGAAACCCCAGUCACCCACCUGUACUUUGGCCGGGCGGUUAGCAAAGAGAUGCUGGGCCGCAUCGGACUGAACUGCCCUCGGCUGGUGGAGCUGGUGGUGUGCGCCAACGGCCUCGAGCCCCUGGAUGAGGAGCUGAUCCGUAUCGCAGAGCGCUGCAAAAGCUUGACGGCCAUCGGGUUAGGUGAGUGUGAAGUGACCUGCAGUGGCUUUGUGGAGUUUGUGAAGAUGUGCGGGGGCAGGCUCACUCAGCUGUCCAUCAUGGAGGAGGUGCUGAUCCCAGACAGCAGCUACAACAUGGAGCAGAUCCACAGCGAGGUGUCCAAACACCUGGGCCGCAUGUGGUUCCCUGAUAUGAUGCCCACCUGGUAGGCUAAAACCAGAGUGGAGGGCUGUUAAUAAAGUACAUGACCUCUCUGGAUACUAACUGUAUGAGUCGUUUUAAGUGUGUUCACAGUCACACAUUUUACUGUUGAACUGUGGUAGAACGUGUAAUGUCAUGUGCUUUUUUUGGACAAUAAGUAGAUGAGAGACAGAUUCUCUGUCAUCAGUGUUCUUUGCUGGCUGGGUCAUUUCUAAAGCUUGUAUUUCUACCUGCAGUGAAUUUGAUGUGUGACUAAUAAUAUCCUCUGAAACCUUUUUCUCACUUAAAAAACAUGCAUCUCUGGAUUUCUGUCUGGCUAAAUUGUGAGCCCUCGGCUUUCUGUCUAUGCAUAGAUAUUGUGAUGUGAACUUUUGGCUGCAGUAGGUUCUCUCAAUUUGUGAAGGUCUGGAUUUACAGUCACUCACUGCAACCUGUCAGCCAUUGUGUGUACAGGAUGUAUAUCUGCCAUCUGCUGGUUGCCUGUGUUAAAAGCAUCACACUAUCAUUUAACCUGAACAGCGUCUCAUUCCAGCUCUUAUUUUCUGGUAAAAGUAUAUUCACUUCACUUCACUCACUUAAGUAUCAGCUCAUCUACUCCUGCUUCAGUUAGUGAUUUUCUAUGUUUCCAAGGAUUCAGUUUGAGAGUUAGACCCCCACCUGGACUCUGUGGUUGGUAGAAUGAGCAUUAACAAUAAUACAGAACAAGAGUUUCCAGUUGAGUCAGAGUCACGCCUUCAUGUAAAACACAAUGGGUCUUUUGUGUUCUUUCCUAUUAAUGUUUGUGUCAGCAGGAGACUGAAAUAUUUAAUCCUAAACUAUAAUGUAACAGUUAGUUAUUUAAUUUAAAGACUAUUAAAUUGUGCUAUAAAGUAUUGAACUCAAUUUUAGAAAUUAAACCAGUCUGACAGGUCAAGACUGAGGACAAGUUUCAUUUAUUUAUUUUUUUCACUAAUGAAAUUGAUUUUCUUUCCAUUCAAAUUGGCAUUUAAAGCUAAUUUAUUAUGUUUACAGUUUGAAGUUGAAAGACUAAAUCAAAGUCCCUUGUCAUCCCCUAAAUGUGUCCAGUAAUCCUCCAGAAUGAGGUAAAAUGCAGCUAAACAACAAAAUGAAUCCUUCAAUACAAUGUGUUUAAAGUGGGAGUUCUGUUGUCACAGGUUGUAAUCGUAAAUAUGCAUAACAUGACACAAGACACAUUUCAGCACUUUUAAGAGUUAUUUUUAAGCUUUUUGUAUAAUCAUCUCAGAUGUACUUUAUUUUUUAUUAUAGAUGGUCGUACCUGUUCAUUGAGGAGCAGUGCCUAGAACAGAUGAAGGUUUUGAGACCUGAUGUCUUUAGUGUGUUUAAGAUAGAGGCCAAUGCACUAAAUAUCUGGUAAUUAGGGUUUCAUGUUUGACCAUGAUAAAGAUAGAUUAAAACAAUUGUAAAGAUUUGCUUUGUAUUUGAUAUUUUGUCAGUUAAAUGUCAAAUAUUCAUCUCAUGUUUACACAGUUUUCAUGUAUGUACAGUAGUGAUAGGCUUGCUCAGGUCUGGAAGAAGUCUGCUUCAUUGUAACUGCUCUUUCUUUUACUUAUGCUGCAGAUAAUUCUCAGUAAAACUGUGUUUAAAUAACAUAAAUGUUGUAUGUUCUUGUGGCUCUGAUACAGUGAAGCCUGGUAUCGUGUGUUUUUCUGACUGUCCCAUUUGACCUUUCUGCAGCUCUUUGUUUUCAACACUAGAGGGCAGCAGUGAUCCAACUGGAGACAGCGGGACGUUAUAUAAGCAGAGCAGCUACUGUAUAAUGAAGUGUGCCAAUGAUAACUCAGCCCUUUUUACAAAUG